AUGAGUAUGGAAGAUUAUGAUUUCCUGUUUAAGAUUGUUUUAAUUGGCAAUGCCGGCGUGGGGAAGACGUGCCUAGUCCGACGAUUCACUCAGGGUCUUUUCCCCCCAGGUCAAGGAGCCACAAUUGGAGUUGAUUUUAUGAUUAAGACCGUGGAGAUUAAUGGUGAAAAAGUAAAGCUUCAGAUCUGGGACACAGCAGGUCAAGAGAGAUUUCGGUCCAUUACUCAGAGUUAUUACCGAAGCGCCAAUGCCUUGAUCCUCACCUAUGACAUAACCUGUGAGGAAUCCUUCCGCUGCCUUCCUGAGUGGCUGCGGGAAAUAGAACAAUAUGCCAGCAACAAGGUCAUCACUGUGCUAGUGGGCAACAAGAUUGAUCUGGCUGAAAGGAGAGAGGUCUCCCAGCAGAGAGCAGAAGAAUUCUCAGAAGCCCAGGACAUGUAUUAUCUGGAGACCUCAGCCAAGGAAUCGGAUAACGUGGAGAAACUCUUCCUUGACUUGGCGUGUCGCCUCAUCAGGGAAGCCAGGCAGAACACCCUUGUGAACAGUGUAUCAUCACCCUUACCUGGGGAAGGGAAAAGCAUCAGCUAUUUGACUUGUUGUAACUUCAACUAA